CAUUUUUGUUCUGGGGUGGAGGGACUGGGGCUCCUGGAUCGAAAGGGUCAAAGAAAACGGUGAUUAUCACCUGUGAGGGGGAAUGGGGGUGAAUCCUCCCUCCUUUCCUUUCAGCCUCACCCCCUGCGACUCUCCCCACCUUUUCGGGGUCUCCCCCCCUUGUUGCUAAGGCCCGGACCGUCAUCCCAGCAACAGCCUCAGUCAUGUGACCGGCAAUGGCGGCGCUGACGAGAGUCCUGGUCAGCUGAGUGUGGAAAUAGAGCGAUUUCUGCUGUCACCGUUGUCCAUGGACUUUCCAGGUCAUACAACCCACAAGUAGGGAGCAGGGAAAGAGAGAGAAAGCCUGCAUGCCAUUUCUAAGCUCUUCAGGAUCAAAUGUCGUUCGUCCUGUCCAGAAUGGCAGCCUGUGGAGGCACCUGCAAGAACAAAGUGACUGUCUCCAAGCCUGUGUGGGACUUCCUGAGCAAGGAGACCCCAGCGCGGCUGGCCAGGCUUCGGGAGGAGCAUCGUGUGGCCAUCCUCAUAGAUGGCGAGACUUCUGACAUCUAUGUUCUCCAGCUUUCCCCACAGGGCCCGCCCCCGGCCCCUCCCAAUGGGCUCUAUCUGGCCCGGAAGGCUCUCAAGGGGCUGUUAAAAGAGGCAGAGAAAGAGCUGAAGAAAGCUCAGAGGCAGGGGGAGCUUAUGGGCUGCCUGGCUUUUGGGGGUGGGGGAGAGCACCCUGAGCUGCACCGCCCAGGCCCACCCCCUCUCCGAGCAGCCCCGCUCCUGCCCCCAGGGGCGCGAGGGAUUCUCCCUCCUCCCCCUCCCCUGCCUCCCCCUCUUCCUCCCCGCCUUCGGGAGGAGGCAGAAGAGCAGGAGAGCACCUGUCCCAUCUGUCUGGGGGAGAUCCAGAAUGCCAAGACAUUGGAGAAAUGCCGGCACUCAUUCUGCGAGGGCUGCAUCACCCGGGCCUUGCAGGUGAAAAAGGCCUGCCCCAUGUGCGGCCGCUUCUAUGGGCAGCUGGUGGGCAACCAGCCCCAGAACGGGCGGAUGCUGGUCUCUAAGGACGCCACCCUCCUACUGCCCAGCUAUGAGAAGUACGGCACCAUUGUCAUCCAGUAUGUCUUCCCGCCCGGUGUCCAAGGGGCUGAACAUCCAAACCCAGGUGUUCGGUAUCCUGGCACCACACGGGUGGCCUACCUCCCUGACUGCCCUGAGGGCAACAAGGUGCUGACCCUGUUCCGAAAGGCAUUUGACCAGCGUCUCACCUUCACUAUCGGCACGUCCAUGACCACAGGGAGACCGAAUGUCAUCACCUGGAACGACAUCCACCACAAGACCAGCUGCACAGGGGGACCGCAGCUGUUUGGGUACCCAGACCCCACCUACCUGACCCGGGUGCAAGAGGAACUGAGAGCCAAGGGUAUCACCGAUGACUGAAGGACAUACCCUUUGCCAAGGCCCCUGCUGUCGUCCUCCACUAGGACCCAAUGGAAGCCUCUGUUCUCUUCUCUUCCCCUGCCCCCCCCAAACCAUACUAGUAGGGGACCUGUCUGACUGGGAAGGGAGUUCAGAGGGGGAGGGGGCAGUCGUCCCCUGUCCCCCAUUGGCCAAGUGCUUCAGUGCAGUGUGAGCCACUCCCUCCUGGCAGAGGCUGAUCUCCAAGGCUCUGCUUGCAGCCCCCACCCCCAUGUACAUACUUCCAGUUUUCCUGCCCGCUCCAUUGCCCUUGGCUUUUCUGGUAUGUGCUGUGCUCCAGUGACAAAGCUGAGAAAGGACCUGGGUGGGGAGGGGGGCUCUCUUGACAUCCCCCUCCUCUAUGAACUUCUGUGCCGGUGAGGGGGAAUCUGUUGGUGUGAGCCCCGUGGAGCCGGCUGUGUGUGUUCAUCAGAUACAAUUCUCCUUGUACCUUAACUAUGUCGUUUCUCUGUGUGUCUGUCUCGUUAUCAGUCUGUCUUCCGCUCUUCUCUGCCCCCCUCUCCCCUGAAUACGGAGCCUCCUUACCCUGUUCUGGAAUCACCGCCAGACUGUAGCUUUUAAUUUAAUAAAAAUAAAGUAAAAUAUGCAACUCU